AUGCCUUUCUUGAUAUCUCUAGACGACAAAGAAAAAUGUGGAAAAACUUCUCGUCUUAUAAAAAUAAUAAAUGGCCGUUUAGUUCGUGAUCACAAAAUUGUAGAGGACGACGUACUUUACAUAUGCAACGGAAAGAUAAUUGAUUCACAAGACUAUUUUUUCUCGGCUAAUGGCGGAGUUCCCGACGAAGUAAUUGACGCCCGAGGAUUGCUGAUCUCUCCUGGAUUUAUCGACGUGCAAAUUAAUGGCGCGUUUGGUGCAGACUUUUCGGAUUGGCAAGGAGAGGAGCGUAUGAAACGCGACGUGGAUAAGGUGGCGAAGGGAUUGUUGAAAUAUGGGUGCACGAGUUUUGUUCCGACGAUGAUUAGUUCGAAGCCGGAAGUGUAUCAAAAAGUGCUUCCGACCCUCAAGCCACGCAAAGGAAAUAAAACUAAUGGAGCAGAGAUCCUAGGUGCUCAUCUCGAAGGUCCUUUCAUACAACCAAGUCAACAUGGCGCGCAUGAAGUAUCACACCUUCGGUCUGCACCAAACGGGUUCUCCGAUUUCGUUGACGUAUAUGGGUUACGCGAAAAUAAAUGUCAAAACGUCAAGAUGAUAACAGUGGCACCCGAGAUCGAAGGAGUCUUGGACAGUAUGGAAGAUUUAAUUCGGAAUGGAGUGACCGUCAGCAUAGGACACUCAUCGGCUACCGUCGCACAGGCUGAAAGUGCGAUUGAGAAGGGGGUCAAGUCCAUUACGCAUCUGUUUAAUGCGAUGCAACAGUUUCACCAUAGGGAUCCGGGAAUCAUUGGUGUGUUAGGUACCACCCGUAUACCCAGGCCGUUUUAUGGAAUCAUAUGUGACGGCAUCCACGCGCAUCCGAAUUCCAUAAAGAUUGCUUAUGACUGUCAUCCUCGUGGUGCGAUUCUUAUUACCGAUGCCAUUGCAGCUAUGGGUUUACCUCCGGGAAAUUACACUUUUGGUAGAAUUCCCAUUCGCAAGAUAGGCGAUGAUAGGGUCGAGGUCAUAGAAACUGGAAAACUUGCAGGAUCGGUUAUUACCAUUGACGCCUGUGUCAGGAAUUUUAGGAAGUUUACGGGAUGCUCGAUUGUUGAAGCCAUAGAAGCAGCAACCUUACAUCCGGCUGAGCUUUUAGGAAUACAACACAUCAAGGGUACACUUCACGCGGGCGCGGAUGCUGACUUGGUGUUUCUGAAUGACGACCUUAAAAUUAUUAAAUGUUUCAUAGCUGGAGAGGAGGUUGACAUUUGA